AUGUCUGUAGCUUUUUUGUACACAAAAUUAGGAGAGAAGAUGUUGAAUGUAAACCAAUUACUUGCAAAAUGCAAAACCCUCAACCAUCUAAAGCAACUGCACGUCUUUAUCAUCACUCUUGGUUACGGCCAGAGUGAAAUCUACGCCUUCAAGCUCGUCCGCUUCUGCCUUGUCACUCUCCCCAAUGCCAACCUUCCCUAUGCUCGCCUCAUCUUCGACUGCCUCCACUACCCGAAUGUAUACCAUUACGCUGCCAUGAUUGCCGGUUAUGCCUCCCAGUCCCACCAUCAUUCUGUUUUUUUGUUGUACCGACGCAUGUUUUGUCAGGGAAGCCCUCAACCCAACCAUUUUAUCUACCCCCACAUCUUGAGAUCUAGUCCAGAGGUUUUUAAGUCUCACGGGACUGAAUUGGUGCAUACCCACAUCAUGAAAUCGGGUUUUGGCCAAUACCCUGUUGUGCAAACAGCUCUUCUUGAUUCCUACUCGAGGUUCCGCUCCGAUGUUGGCUCAGCAAGGCGGGUGUAUGAUGAAAUGUCUGAGAAAAAUGUCGUGACCUGGACGGCUAUGAUUUCUGGGUACACUAGAGUUGGGGACAUUGGUGGUGCUCUGUUGUUGUUCGAGAAAAUGCCAGAGAGAGAUGUCCCUUCUUGGAAUGCUGUUAUUGCGGGGUGCACGCAGAAUGGCCAGUUCUCGGAGGCAAUUUCUCUGUUCAAAAAAAUGGUUUAUAUUGCACAUGGGGAGAAACAUCGAGAAAAUAGGCCGAAUCAGGUUACUGCUGUAUGUGUUCUUUCGGCUUGUAGUCACACUGGCAUGCUGCAGCUUGGUAAAUCUAUGCACAACUAUGUUUACAAAAAUGCGCUUGGUCCAGAUUCAUUUGUUUCCAAUGCUUUAGUAGAUAUGUAUGGGAAAUGUGGGAGCUUGAAAGUGGCAAGAAGGGUUUUCGACAGGACCUCGCAAAAAAGCUUGACCUCUUGGAAUUCCAUGAUAAACUCUUAUGCUCUGCACGGCGAUAGUGACAAUGCAAUUUGUGUGUUUGAGGACAUGAUACAGUGUGGGGCUGAUGUAAGACCAGAUGAGGUCACUUUUGUAGGCUUAUUCAAUGCCUGCACGCAUGGAGGGUUGGUAGAGAAAGGUAUUUCUUAUUUUGAUUUGAUGACUCUGGGUUAUGGGAUUGAGCCUCAGAUAGAACACUAUGGAUGCUUGAUAGACCUUCUUGGUCGAGCAGGUCGAUUUGAGGAAGCCAUGGAAGCUGUGAGGGGAAUGAAAAUUGAACCCGAUGAGGUCAUAUGGGGUUCUCUGCUUAAUGGAUGUAAGAUUCAUGGUCGCACAGAUCUCGCAGAAAUUGCAGUUAAAAGGUUGAUUCAACUUGAACCAAAUAAUGGUGCGUAUGGGACCAUGUUGGCCAAUAUAUAUGGGCAGUUGGGGAAGUGGGAUGAUGUCCGAAAUGUGAGAAAGAUGCUGAGGGAGCAAAAUGCUUAUAAAACCCCAGGUUGCAGUUGGAUUGAGGUUGAUAAUCAAGUUUACCAAUUUUAUUCAAUUGACAAAUCACAUCCUAGAACGGAAGAGAUCUACCAAAUCCUAGACAUUCUCCUCUUAUUUCUUCCCAACAUAUGAACUGUGUUUAAAAGCCCAAAUAUAGUCAACUGUUCAAGCAAGCUUACCUGGUUCCUACCUAUUAAAGUAAGGAUGAGAGCGAGAGAGAACGAAUUUUGUGAUAUAAGUUGCAUUCAAGGGUCUAAAGUGUGUCUCAGUGCAACCAUGUAACUUAACCCAAGUGACUUGCUGCGGCACUUCAAGUUGUGGAAAUAUAUAUUUUUCCUUUUGCUGGCUGUGCGAAUACAGCCAGCGACCUGAAUUGGCCCUCCAUUUAACUGGAAAUGAGGUUAUGACUGAAGAUGUCUUUGGCUUUGUGCGCCUCGCACAGGUGAUUACCUUCUUAUACUGGACCACCCUUUUGCAUUAGCGAGUCUUGUAGCUGAGUUGGUAGUGUCCAACGCACAACACCAGUGGUCUUUCUGCUUUCCAAGUGAUAAUUCGUAACAACAUUUUUGUUCUGGGAUUUCUGUACCUAGUCUUCCUAUAAUUCUUCGCAUCAGAAGUUAGUAUUAUCUGGACUUGACCUACAUAAUGCCAACACAAAAUUAUGAUAGAGGCAGUUGAAAACCACAUGCCUGAAGUGAGCAUUGUCAAUAAGAUUGGCACGGAAAAAACUCUUGUUUGUUGCUCGAUUUCUGAGAGAGGGGUCGGCGUAUUGCUACUGCUCAUGGGCUGACGCUUUCUGGAGAGAGGGGUCGGCGUAUUGCUACUUCUCAUGGGCUGACACUUUCUGGUUUGUUCUGGUCUCUAUAUAAUCUGAGACGGUGUGCUCUGGACAAUUUUCUCUUCUUUCCAUUUCAUCAAAUUGAAUAAUUCACAGAUGUACUAGACUUUAUGUUGUGUUUGCAUUUUCCAUAUGAGAAUUCUUUAUUCAUUGGUGCACUGGAAUGAUAGUUUCUUUUUCUCUA